AUGGUCUCUAAUACUGCAAACAACUCAAGCUGUGGGCCUAUGGUAAAUUCGAACACAUGCGAUGAUUCGCUUGUUCAGUUGUUGGUAUUCGGCUGCACGACCAUUGCAACAAACUUUUCCUCUCCAAGAACACGCGAACCAUCAUUUGCCCAGCCCUCAGACGCUUUCAGCAACCAGGAUUUGAAUAGCGUCCUUGAAGAGGCUAUUAAAAUGACCGAAGACGAUGACUUACUCUUUGCUGCUACCAAUGAUGUCGAUUGUCUCUUCGCGGUGCAUUCUCGUGGAGCUCCAGCUCAGUAA